UGUGGAAUGGGCCGCCUGGAAAUUUAUUGGAGAUUUAAUUGAGGCAUUCAAGACGGCAUUGGAUGCUUAUUUGGUUCAAAAUAGUGUGCGGGGAUGUGGGGAAAAGGCAGGAGAUUGGUCCUGGGUGAUAGAACCGGGAGAGACCCAAUGAUUGAAUGGCGGAGCAGACUCGAUGGGCCGAAUGGCCUAAUUUCUGCUCCUAUGGUCUUCCGUUUUAUGGGCCGAAGGGCCUCCUUCGGCGCCGAAUCUGUGCUUCCGACGUAAUUCCCCAAAGUUAGUGAAAUAGCAGCGGGGGCAGUCAGUUUCCAGCAGCCUGAUGCUCUGAUUCGAUAAAUCGGAUGUCCGUCAAAGAGAGGAGUCAGAGAUCGUAGGAACUGCAGAUGCUGGAGAAUCUGAGAAUAACAAGGUGCAAGAGCUGGAUGAACACAGCAGGCCAAGCAGCAAGGCUGACGUUUCAGGCCUAGACCCUUCUUCAGAAAAGACAGGAGUCAGGUCCUUUUUCAGAUCCUGAUCAGUGUUUGUGCUCUUUGGCUUUCGGAUCCGCGGAGAAGCGUUGGGCGCAGUCUUCUGCUGUAUUGAAUAUUUGCAAUUUGUGAGGUCGGUAAGCGUUUCCGAGGUUGGUACCAAUUCACUGAAAAAAAACAUUACAGGAGUUGAGCUACUUUGUUCACGGAGAUCCCCGGAGACAUUAAACAUAGACUCAGAGGAAAAGAAAUGUCAAUGCACAACACAAUGUCUUUUGAAAGUGCGGACACUGAAGAGACCGUAACUUGUCUCAAUAUCAAUGUCUAUCACCCCCAGGCAACAGUAUUUAAGUCCCUGAAUUACACUGGCAAACAGAAAUACAGAGUAGAAGAAAUGGUAAUGUUUGGCCGUGAUUCCAAAGUGUGUCAUUUUCCUCUAGUGGACAAACGUGCCUCUCGAAUGCAGUUUGCUAUCCAAGCUUUUCGACACAGUGAGAGCUCAGAACUCUGUUUUGAAAUCAAAAAUACAAGCUUGAAGACUAAACUAUUCGUCAAUAAUGCAAGUCUGGAUCACCUUAAUAAGAUCGAUUUACCAAGGAAAUGUAUUUUGCGAUUUGGGGAAUACCAAUUCUAUUUGGAAAAAGAUGAUGGUGAAUCCAGGGAACACUUUGAAAUCUUCAUCAAAAUUUCCCUAGUUCCAUUUUGUCAAGAGGUCAAUGUGGAGACCUUAACACACCCUGUACCUGAAAUUGGCACUGUGAGGAUCACAGAUGUUCCAAUUCCUCGAUUUCAGCUAGCAAUGGAGUGUGAUGAAAACGAAAUUGAAUAAAUUAGUGCCUUAUGAUAACUUGCAAGUCAGCAUGAGUGGAGAAUUUGAACUCUUCUUUAAGUGCUAUCCAGAUAUACUGUGAUUUAUGGGCAUGGAGAUGUGACCUGACAAAUGAAGUGUUUAAUUGUGGACGGAUGAUGAGACCGAAUAAAUGAACUCAAUUAUUGUCCAUUCUGAACUAUGCUGGAUACUUCAGCUAUCCUUAUCUAUUUCUGUGCAAAAUAAUUCUGACAUUGUUUAUCCAGCAUGGAAACUAUUGCUUUUUGGAGUUAUUGUAUUUACAUUUUUAUCCAAUAUCCUGGGAUGUAUUAGCUGGAUUUUGGGAUCAGACUCAAAGUAACCACCCAAAACAUUUUUGUGUGAAUGGUUUGUUAUUAGUGGUUAAUUAACCCAAAUUCUCACUUGUUCUGUACCUGUUGUUUGAUUUUUGCAAGUCAUGAUUAACGUUGCAAGGCUUUUGAAUAGCAUAGACAUAGCAUGUGAUUUACCGCAACUUCCAGAUUUACUUGCUAACCAUGUGCAUACUAUAUAAUUGGUAAACUUCCAAUAUGUGCAGUAAUGGUGAUUGCUGUAAAAUAAAAUAGUUAGAAUCUUGAA